AUGAAGACAUUGCGGAAUAUUCUAAUCGCCAACAAUUCAUUUCGUUAUCAUAAACGUUAUGUUUCCAAAAAUACCAAUAUCAUUAAAUCGGAGUUACCCAACGGCCUCCAAGUAGCCACUGAAGAAACGUCGAGUCCUUUAGCUUGCGUUAGUCUGUUUGCAAGAGUCGGACCAAGGUUUGAAAAUCAUGAUACUAACGGAAUAUCCCAUUUCAUAGAACACAUGGCAUAUAGAGGCUUUUGUACAAUGAACCGAGAUGCUAUAGAUAAAUAUCUCAAUGACAUAGGGGCAAAGAUGAGCGCUGCUACUGAAAGAGAAUUUCAAGUGUUCAAUGCUUUAUGCCCAAGUGACCGUGCUAGCGAUGUUGUCGCCAUCUUAGCAAAAAUCGUCACCGAAUUAGAACUAUCUGACCAAGAAAUGGACUGUGAGAGGCAAAAUGUCGUACAAGAAAUGGUAGACCUCGACCGCAACCCAAAAGCUGUUAUGUUCGACUACUUACACAAGGCUGCGUUUCAAGGGACAACGCUCGCCCAAUCUGUAGUCGGCCCUUCGAGGAAUGUGAAAAGAUUUAAUCGAGACUGCGCGUUUUUUUACAUGAAGAACAAUUACCAUCCUUUGCGACUGCUUUUGGCGACAUCCGGUGGUGUGUCCCAUUCAAGUAUCUCACAAGCUGCCUGCCAGUACUUCGGGAACAUGGUAUGUGAAGGUGACGAAGCAGCGUUCGGGCCUCGGCGUUUUACUUCUGGCCGAGUGCUGUAUCGUGACGAUUCCAUGCCUUUUGCCCACGUCGCUUACGCUGUGGAAGCACCGGGUAUGAAGAGUUUCGAUUACUAUCCACUCCUGGUCGCCAAAAACCUGGUCGGCGCAUGGGAUAAGAGUCAAGGUGGUAAAGAUAGGCAUGCAGCGUACUUGGCACAGGCAGCCGCGUCCGCUAAUUUAUGUGAGAAGUUCGAAUCUUUCUACAUAGCUUACAGCGACGUCGGUCUGUGGGGAGUGUACUUUGUAGCGCCAAAGAUGGCUAUCGAAGAUAUGAUUUACAAUAUACAGAGUGUAUGGAUGAGUUUAUGCAACACUAUGUGUAGAGGAGACAUUGAUCGAGCUAUUUGUGCAACUAAGUUGGAAUUGGCGAAACGUGUGGACGGCGCGAUCAAUUCUAGUUAUGAUAUCGGCGCGCAAUUUAUGCUGAAGAACGAGCGAACUCAGUUAUCUAGCAUGUACGAGGAAUUGUCGCACCUGAACGCUAAAAGUGUAAUGGACGUUGCUGAUUCCUACAUUUAUAACAGGCCUCUAGUAAUAGCUGGAGUUGGGCCGACGGAAGCGAUACCUGACUUUAAUAGAUCCCAAGCUGGUCAAUAUUGGUUACGCCUAUAG